CAAUUUUUUGUUGGCUUUUGCUACAAAUUCACCCCAGUGACUUCAGACUGGUUUUGUGCUCCAGGGUCAUAUAUCACAAAAGCAGAUUUUACAUUAUACAAAAGACUCCAUGAAAUGGUCAAACCUGCCGCUUACGCUCCUCCCCCUGAGUUCAGACUGAAGCAGUGUUAGUUCACAUGGAGGAGGAGAAACACAGACGCUCAUCUAGUGAAUGAGGGCCCCACACACACAGAGAGAGAGAGUCAGUCUCUCACAGGAGAUCUUCACCAGCACACUGUGUUUGGAGUAUACCGGGACAUUCACGUCUUUAGUUUGCUGAACAGGAUCUUUGGAGUGCAGGAUGGAAAACACGUGUGAGGUGUGGAAACCGGCACAGUAGAGCAUAGUGACGGCUCAGACGGCGGCCGAUGCCCCGAAACACGCUGACCCUUGACCCUGCGAUGCCCACCGAGCUGCUGAAAGACACCAUGACGAUCCCCGGAGCUCCUGAGCGAAUCCUGCAAGAGAAAACCAACAACAACGAGCCUCCUCAGCUGCAGCCGCUGGCCAUCACCAUCGCCCUGGUCAACGAGGGGCAGCUGACGGCAGCCACCGGCGGAGCAGAGCUGUCCUGCUACCGCUGCACCGUGCCCUUCGGCGUGGUGGUCCUGAUCGCAGGCAUCGUGGUGACAGCUGUCGCGUACAGCUUCAACUCGCACGGCUCCACCAUAUCUUACUUCGGACUGGUGCUGCUCUCGGCCGGCCUGGUGCUGCUCGCCCUGAGCGCCGUUUGCUGGAAGGUGCGGAUGGAGAGAAAGAAAGAGAGGAGACGAGAGAGUCAGACGGCACUGGUGGCCCACCAGAGGAGCAUCUUACCCUGAUUCCACACAAGCAUGAACUCAGAAACCUUCACGAUGAACGAGUCGAUGCGUCAUCCAGAUGUUUUGCCUCAGGUCGGACCAUAAACUGUAAAAAAAGAUGGACGACUCAUGUCUGCUUCCUUCCACUAGAAGCCAAACAGAGAUUGUCUUACUAGAGAGACGAGAGGGUCUGUAUUACUUACUAUUGGGGAAAGCGUAUUGGCAUUUACCAGAAGCAUUAGCAUUAGCUGUUACACUUUUUAGCUUUUUCAUGCUUGCCUUCUAGUGACUUUCCCGUGCAGAUGACAUCAUUGACGCCACAUCCCGUUUGUAAAGCGUCAAAUAACUUUUCAGAAAAACGAACACUUGAACAUAUAUCUGAGUGAUAAGAACUACCGGAAGAGAUGGAAGCUGUCUUUUCUGAAGUGCAAUUCGUUUUUUUUUAGUUCAGCUCAUGUCCCAUUGGUUAACAUGGAAGGGGGCGGGGUUUAUUAGUUAUACUGUAGCCGGCCACCAGAGGGCGAUUGAGAAAAUUAUGAUUCGAAGCAUCAUGUUUGGGACAGUUUACGGAAAAUUGGCCUCAGGGAGUGACGAGACUCCAUUUUUAAUAGAAUCAAAUAACUAACUAAAAACGAACUUGUGUAGAAAAACGAAUACUUAAACAUGCAUCAGAGUGAAAAGACGGAAACCAUCUUCGAUUGGCCUGGUUUUGCUCGAGUUCCAUUGGUUUACAUGGAAAGGGUCUAUCCGGCAUCUAAAAGAUCUAUAUAUAAAGAUCUAUACUGCAGCAAGCCACCAGGUCAAAAAACAUUGAUGGCCCAUCGGAGGAGCAGCUUCUCCUGAUCUGACACAAGCACGAACUCCGAAACCUUCAUGAUGAACAAAUCAAAGCAUCAUGUUUUAGCUUCACUUUUAAAGAUGUGUGUGGCACACUUGGGUGAGACAAAAUGAACGCUUUCAGAGAAAACGGAAUCAAAGUAUUCCACAAAUGGCUCUUAGAUUGAGAAUUCCGGACAGUUAAUGGAGAGAAGACGCAUGUGAGCUGCAUGUGUCCAGAUGUCGAGAUACAGCUGCACUGCAAAACAAUUAUUUUUCUAAUAUUUACUUUCUCAAGUAUCCCUUUUGCUACUUCUCAAACAUCGGGUUGGAUGCUUGUUUAGAUCGCUGACCGCAGUUUGUCACUCGCCAUGCAUCCCAUAAACCGACAAAUUCCCAGUACACCUUAGCCACCAACCUAACAACACACAAAAACACUCGAAACACCCAGAAUGCACUUAGAACCACUUCACAACAAAUCACUAGCAACUACAUAGAAACUCACUACUGGAAAAUCAACGCUGCAAAAAAAAAAAAAAAAAAAAAAAAACAUUUUGAUUUCGU